AUGGACGCCUCCUCCCUCCGCAUCUCCAAGUUCGAUGGAACUAACUUCCACGCCUGGAAGUUCAAGAUGCAGAUGGUGCUGGAGGAACGGGACCUAUGGGAGGUCGUCAGCGGUGAGAUCAAGGCGGAACAGUGCGAGACUCAGUUGGACCAAGCGACGUACAAGAGGAAGUCAAGAAAGGCGAUGGCAGUGAUCUGUCUAGCCAUGGAAGAUUCCCAGCUACCGUUGAAGAAGAGUCUUGCCAACAAGCUGUUCUUGCGCCGUCGCUUCUUCACGACAAUGAUGGAAGAAGGCGACGAUGUGCUCGAACACAUCAACAAGCUCAAGACGCUGGCGGAACAGCUAGAAGCGGUGAGGGCUCCAGUCUGCGAGGACGAUCUGGUGAUCACACUCCUCGGCAGCCUGAGUGACUCGUAUCAAUUCUUGAUCACAGCUUUGGAGUCGCGCUCAGACACUCUUAGCUGGGAGCUCGUGACGUCUCGACUGCUUCAUGAAGAAAUGAAGCGGAAGGAGCAAGGAAGUAAAGGUGAUGAAGCUUCGCAAGGUCAAGCGUUCAUCACAAGGGACAAUCAGCGCAAAGGGCGACCAGUGAAGAAGUCCUGGCCGUGCCACAAUUCCAGGAAAGAUUGGUCACUGGAUGGCGGAGCGCCCUCGCGCAUCCAAGAAAACACGGAGAGACACCGGCCACAGCGUGCUCAAGACAGCGGCGACCGCUAUCGAUCACAACGUGCAAACGUCGCUCAAGAAGAAGACUCGGGCGACUACCUCUUUUCGAUCGGUGAAACGACAUCUCGCGAAAUCGAGCGACAUCUGGCUGGUCGACUCCGGGGCGACGCAGCACAUGACGUGCUCCAAGAAGUUCAUGCGGAACUACAAGGGGUUUGA